CUACUUUCGGGUAAUUAGCUUCCUUCCAGAACCUUUGAUCAAUGUGAUAGAUCUUAUCUGGCCAAAUCUGCCAGGUAAAUUUGAUGCUGCUUAUGAAGCUAGUAUGGUAGAUGAACUCCGCUUUUUCAAAGGCAGUAAAGUCUGGGCUGUUCAGGAAAAGAAUGUACUGGAAGGAUUCCCCAAGGACAUCCACAGCUUCUUUGGCUUCCCUAGCAACGUGACACACAUUGAUGCUGCUGUUUCUGAGGAAGAGACUGGAAAAACAUAUUUCUUUGUUGACCACAUGUACUGGAGGUAUGAUGAAAAUACCCGGUCCAUGGAUCCAGGUUAUCCUAGAUUAAUAGCAGAAGACUUCCCUGGAAUUAAUGAUAAAGUUGAUGAUGUCUUCCAGAAAGAGGAUAAUUUCUAUUUCUUCCACCAAUCAAUCCAACACAGAUUUAACCUCCAAACAAGAAGAAUUGAUGAUUCUGGUGAUUCUAGUACUUGGUUCAACUGCUAAAAUAUAGGCAACCCAAAACCAAGUUAAUGAAAACACAUAUUCCAUGAUCUUAAAGAAGAUCUUUUGCUGAAGAAUCAAAUACUUUUGUAUUUUAUUUACCUUUCAGAACUUCUGAUACAGAGAGCGACUAAGUACAAAUUAAUUAUAUUUUAUAAACUUUCACAAUUUAUAGUAUAAUGUUUGUUGAACUAAAACAGUUUAGUUCCACAAUUGACAGCCCAAGAAGUUCAUGUCAUGGUUGAAGAGUCACUGAAGAAGGACAUUUAUUCAGUGGAUGACUCUCACUGUGAUGCUAGGGCUCAUCUUUCAAGAGAGGAGGGUCAACAGAGAAGCUCUUCCCAGAGCAAACGUGGCUCUGAACACAGGAACAGGUACUCAAGAGGAAACACAUUGCUGCUUUGGUUGUGGUAUUUAAGGGAGGAUCUUACAGUCCAGUGGACUCUGAAUUCUUCUAUCUCUUAUUCCCACAUUCUGGCAUUCUGUAAUGCCUAUUGUGCCCAGCUAAGAGACAUUUCCUGUCCAAAAGUAUUUGAUACUUAAAUAAAGCCACUCUUGUCUCUAAUGUUUUACAAG